AUGUCGACUAUCCCUGCGACGCAACAGGGCCCCGUUGAGGCGCGCUCGCUCUCGUCGAUCACCGCCAUCGCAUCGAAUCCCCCCGCCUACCCACGCAAUCCCACCCACGAGAAGCACGACCCGCUGCAACUGUACAUCGUAAGGGUACCGGGCAGCCAAGACAUAUUCCUCUCUCCUCUCAAGCCACCCACCAAAUCGAGUGUCUCCGCCGAGGCUAUCAAUGCCUCACUUUACUAUCUCCAUGUUGCGGCACCCGAGGACGAUGCGCUGCUACAGGAAGUUGAGCAGGAGCGCGAGGAACAAGCGCACCGGCGUAGGGACGAGCGGGAGGCUGCCAGCGUGGAUGACCCUGCGCAGCGAGAGUUCGCACGCAUGAACAACGUUCGUCGAAAACCUGUUGGUGGAGACAAUUUAGGCCAUGAGAGAGCACCUGCGCCUGCGCCUAUGCCUGCGCCUAUGCUUGCACCUGCGCCUAUGCCCGUACCUAUGCCCGCGCAGGAGAAUGUUGCCCCUCCACCAUUGCCCCGCCGGCCGGUGCCUAUGCCGCAAGUCUCGGCGGAGAACAUGUCUUUUGCCGGGACGCCAAUCGCGAACGCGCCACUAGAUAUGAAUGGUGAGCCGAGAAAAGAAUCAAUUGACCCGACUGCGCGGCGGCCUUUGCCUCCGCUGCCUCCCCAUGAAGAGCCACUCAACGAGCACCUAGCCGACGACGACCAACCACGAAAGACAAAUCGCUGGAGUGCGUUCGUGGACAAUGUCCAGACCCGAGGGAAAGAAGUUUGGCGAGAGAGGUACGAGAACAUGUCUACGGGUCGGCACAGUUUGGACUCCAACAGACCUCAAUUGCCGCCUCGCCCGUCCCAUGAUGGUUUUCGCUCGCCGAAUAGAAGCCCUGGGCAAUCUCCCACCCGCCAGCCAAGAGCGAACCAAGCUCCUUGUGGGAAUGCUGGUUUUCAUAUCACGCUCAUCCGGCGUGAUCCUGCGUCAGGCACGCAGUGGAACGUCGGGACCAUCUCAACGCCACAGAUGGACCGUAACGCGAUUGACAUCGAGAUCUCGACGCCUGGAUACAAUCGAUUUGCUGGAUCUCAGGAACCAGUUUCCCUUGCGAAUCUGGCUGCCAGCCUUCCCCCCGGGAUGCUCCGCACGGGAGGGCCUUCCAUGCCCCCAUCGUUAGGGCCUGAACACCCAGCUGAGCAACUGCAGCCGCGGCCGCCGCCGCAGCCAACUGGUCCGCGCAAAUUCCAUCGUCAACUCUGCGUCUCAAGGCAAUUUGAGGACUCUCGCACAGGAGGCCGCAGCUCUGCCGACACUGGUGCCGGUCAUAUCCCUGACGGCUCGAAGCUCAAAAGCGGCUACUAUGCCUUCAACUCGCCCUGGAACGGCACCUGCACCUUCUCCUCGAGCGUCAACGGCCGCAGCCUCAAAUGCAAGCAUAUGAUCCUCGGGGUUGGUAAUCCACCACCUGGCGAAAGCAACACCCCCGCAGCGGUUACAGUCGCUGAGAUCCGCUUCAACACGCCCUUCCAAGCUGCCAAUCUGCACUUCCACGCCUCCCAUCGCCAACACCAACAUCCUCACCCACAUCACUCCUUCACCUCCAACCCGACCGUGAAUCCCCCCUCCCCCCGCAACCCUCGCGAACCCUCCAAUCCCGACUCGGCCUCUAAACGCAAUUCCCUCUCCCAGCUCCUCAACCCAAACAACUACGCACGGCCUCGCGCCCACUCAGGCCCCAACUCUCCCUACACCCCAGACACGCCGAGUAGCCCACGCCAAAACUUCAACCCCUCCGCCCUCCUCCGCCGCACCUCCCUCCGCACAGCCCGCUUCUCCCGACACGGCGAGUUCAGACACCAGUAUCCGCCAUCGCGCCCCCGCAGUACAAGCACCAGCAGCGGGGGCCCAGAUUCGGACGAGGAGCGGCUGGAUCUGUCGCUUGCGCGGGAGUUGGCUGGAGGCGGGAUGCGGGGGAAGAGUGCGAAGCUGGGGAAGUUGGUGAUUGAGGAUGAGGGGAUUAAGAUGUUGGAUUUGGUGGUGGCGGCUUGUAUGGCUGUUUGGUGGAGGGGUUAUUAUCAUUGA